AUGUCGGAAAAGUGGAAGAAGAAUCCAUUAUUUCGACUCUUAGCCUUUUUGGAUAUCGUUGGUUUACAAACAUUCUCGGUAAAGAAUGAUAUUACCGAUGAUGGCGUUUUCAUUGAAGCGAAUCGCACAUUUAGUCCUGAUAGUGUUAUUCAUAAGAUUUUAACUCAUGGUUUACAUUCCCUUCAUGCUAAUAUUAAACGUCUCUUUUUAGUGGAGGAGGAACAAAAAAUCUUAUUACAAUUUAUAGGUGAUCCCAAUGAGGCUUCCUCAUCCUUUUGUCAAGGUUUACUUAAACCCUCCUCCUUAACUUCAUUUCUGGAUAUUGUAGAGAAUGAACUUCCAGUAUGGGCAUUAAUUCGUAUUAAAGAAGUCUUUGGUCUUUUAAGUAGUUCCACCACUAUUACGGAACAAUUUCUAAUUGAUGCCUUGGAUGAUUGGAUGCAAAAGAGAACUCCCAGAGAAAAUGAUGCGAUGGUGCUUUCCUGUGGAGUUCAACCAGACAUGUUAGACUCCGCACGGGCGAGAGCCGAUGAACUUCCAAAUGCAGUGGAGGAUUUUAUUAUUGAUGUGGUCUUUCCUCCUCCCUAUCCAUCCACUUUGGAAGUGAAAGAAGAAGAAGAGGAGAAAGAAGAAGAAGGGAGUAAAGAGAAGAAGGGAGAUAAAAAGAAACAUACAUUACUGGAUUGGCUUAUAGAGGCAUAUGAAAAAUGUCAUGAAAUAAUUGAUGUUGAGGAAGAAGAAAUAGAAGAAGAAGAAGAAAUCAAAAACGAGGAUGGGAAAGAAUCCCCAAUUGAAUCCACUAUGAAGAAAAGACGGAAGGAAGAAGAAGAAAAAGAAGAAGAAAGUGAGGAAGAAUAUCUUACAGCAGAUAAUAUUGAUAGGUUCAUGCGGGAACGACCUUCUGUGAUUCCAAAGGAAAUCUUAAGGGAAAAAAGACGGUCAUUACAAGAUGCAGGCAUAACGGAUUUUGAACUGCAGAAUCACUACACUGUGAAUGAGCUCUCUGUUUUUGUUAAGGAAAAAAUAGGGGAAGGACGACGGUUAAAAAAGGCUGAAUGUAUUCGUGCUAUUCUAAACUAUCAUAGAAUAGUAAUGAAGAAGGAGUCAUCUGCUUUUGUGGACACGGAACAGAGUCCUAGCGAAGUUGUUUAA